GAACUGAGGCGCACGUGUGUCCUGGCUGCUCAGUCAGCUCUGACAGCGCCAUGCAGUGGGUGGCUUGGAAACAGUGGGGACUGAUUUAUUUCUCAGGGCCCCAAAAGCUGGAAGUCCAAGGUCAAGGCACUGUCUGGGGCUCUUCCCUGGGGCCCUGGUCCCCUCACAGGGCUCCACCCGAGGACCUAAUCACCUCCCAUCACGCGGUAUCCAGCCUGGUUACUCUGGGCCAGACUCAGCGUUUGGGCCGUUGUACGGAAGGAGACAUUCUGUGCAAGAGCUGUGUGAGUCCAAAGGGCUCCUCGCGGUGAGCUCUCCCCACUCCACACCUCAGAGUUGUGAGGCCCGUCGGAGGGGCCAGGUCUCAGGGUGAGUCCUUAGGUGGAGAAUAACCGAUAUUGGGGAGCCCCUUCUUGGGCUGGGUGUCGGUGUGAGUUAUUCGUAGCGGUGUGUGGGAGCUGCUGAUCACGCGUCACAGAGUAAACUGGGGCCUAGCGAGGCGCAGUGACUUGCCCAAGGCCAGCCAGCAGGGAGUGGCGCAGAGUUGGGCUCGGAGCCCAGCCCCGCUGGGUCCCUUGUCCUUCCAGCAGCCCCUGCAUCUCUGCUUCUGUGUUUCCCUUCUCGUGUUAAAUAGCAUGAGGAACGGUAGAGUCCAGUUUGUGGCACUUUUGUCAUUCUUUUAAAAAGAUGUCACAAGUUUUCCCCACGCCUCUUCUUUCUGGCUGCUUUUCACGGACUUGUGUCCUGGGCAGGUCGUUCUCUGGUUGGCCCAGUCCUUCGUCACUGACUGGACAUGGCUCACGCCGUGCGAGCACCUAGGGGUCAGCAGUGUGAUGAUGUGAGCAGAGGAAGGCUCCCCUCCCUUCGGGGCUUCGGAGGGGAGGUCAGGAGGUAGCCGAUAGCAGAACAGUACACUGGAGGCGCCCAUCCUCCUUAGCGCGAUACUGUUUUCAGGACUCCUGAUGAAAUGUAGCCGUAUGACUUAAAAUUAGAAAAAGGCAAAAGCAGAUACACGUGGGGAUCAGUAACUACACUUGUGUCGUGAAAUUGUCGUUGUUACCCUAACAUUCGUGUAUUUCUGCUUUUCUCACAUUUUGUUCUCAUGUAAUGUUCUGUGAGUAAUCUGUGCAUUGCAUUCUGUUUAGAUGCUCGUUUUGUACUACUAAUGGGAACACAGUAAGUGGCGUGGCCUGUUUUCUGCAGUAUUGAGCUGCAGAAGUAAGGGUAGGAUCACUUUGAGACUCCAGGUACUUUUGAGCUGACUUCAGAAUUACCACAUUGCUGGUCCCAGUAAGAACCCUGGGCACCGACUCUAACGAGUUUCGCUAACGCACAGACUUUCACGGGCACAGCUAGAGGAGUGAGGUGCAGCCCCGGGGGCUCCUGGGGGCAGCACCUGAAAACUGCUCACUGUUGGCCCUGGAUGGGCCCUGUUCGCCCUUUGCUGAUUUUCCUCCAUGUCCUCUCCCGUAGUAGAUUGCGUCCUUGAGUGACCAUAGGAGAGGUGACUCGGCGGCACCAGCCGCCACUUGGGGCCCAGUGUUGAUUCCACUUCACCCUUACGAGUCCUGGGUACUGGCGCUAAAACUUUCCUCACUGCAGUAAAUGAAUAGCAGUUGGCGCUGAUUCGCAGGCUUUGUGCUGAGGCCUGUCAUCCACGACCUCAUUGGAUCCCCACAGUACUCCUGGGCCCCCAGUCCCAGCUGGCAGGUGGGAACUUGGGUCCUAGCUUAAAUUACCCUCUGGCUGUCUAAUCCGGGAGCCAUGGGGUGAGGAUUGGAGCCUGACCCUUUCAGGACCCCGAACAGACCCCCUGGACGUCCAUACCACCCCACACGAGGUAGGCCAUGUUGUCUUUCCCGAUUGUUCGCUGGCAUUUGUUUUGUUCUGUUUUUACUUGCUUGCCUGUAAAUUGUGUCUUCACAAUCUUUCCAACAGUGAGUUUAUGUUUUUAAAUGUUCCGUUUAUGUGGGGAGUUUGAAUAUAGAAAUACAUUGAUGCUGCAUUUACUGCAAGUAUGUCCGUCCCCACUCUGUCCUGUGGCUCGUUCUGCUUACCUCUCGUUUUUCUACUUGGUUAUGUGGAACUGUGUUUUUACAUUUUCGUGUGGUUAAAAGGAUUGGCAUUCACCUCAUAAUGUCUCCUGUUACUUAUCGUUAGAAAUUCACCUGUCUCCUAACAUUUUGAAUAUAUUGCAUGUUAUUUGGGGGGAUCAAUGCUUUGGCAUGGAACACUGAAGUGAUUCUGGGGUUGAUCUUGGUGCGUGCUGUGGAUCAGGGGCCUUUGAGAUCUAAGACAGGGAGACGAGCUGAGGGAAUGUGUUAGUGUUCGUUUCAGUUUGGGAGAGGACUGAGGCCCUGAGCAAAGCGGGGAACAUAGAGGAAGGGAAGGAAGACCCUGCAGUGUGGGGUGGAAGAGUCCUGGAGAAAUCCCGGGCUUCUUUGUUGUCAUCUUGCGGUGCCGGCCCUGAGCCUCGGCCUCGCACUGCAGGCAGGAGCUGUAGCACUGAGCUCCGACCCUCAACCCUGGGUUUCUUGUCUGGCCGAUGCCGCCUGCUUCACUGUGAAAACUUCUGUCAUCGCCUUUCUUUAAUUGUCCACUUGCCCACAGUGGCGCGUGGACUUCAGUAAUGAUCACAGCGAAAGCGCUCGUGGGCGGUAGUAAUCCGUCUGGCCCUGGUACGCAGAAUCAGUCAUGGCACCAUACCCGUUCUACACACGCGGAAGCCAAGACACAGAGUGGUUAAGUUACUGGCUCAGGAUCACACGGUGAUCAGUGAUGGGUCUGCGGUUUGAACCCAGGAAGCCCAGCUCUGAGCAAUGCUCUUAAACCCUAGCGGUGGCGAAGCCGUGGCACAGGUGCUGCAGCAGGCUGUUUAUCAUCCACUGCUCUGAAAGGUUCGCCAUCACUGCCCCUAGGUUAUUGCUGCUUAGAAUUGUCAGUUUUGGAAGUAAAAAUACAGGAUGUUUAUGGGGAUGUGUGUAUACUAAAAAUUCUUCAUUUCUAAAUCUGAAAUUCAAAUCGAAUGUCCUGAGUUGGGGGGGUGCUCUAGGCCCUUCCCUUAGUCUUCCUCCUUAUCCCAGGUUAAUCUGGAGUUUAAAUCAGAAAAAUCCUUGAACUUGCUUUUCCACCUGCUGGCGCACUGCAGUGGCUGGUUUUGCAGCACAAUGUCAUGCUUGCUCUUUCACCUUUAUGCACCUCCAAAAUAUUGGGGUCCCUCCUGCCUCCUCAGAAGGGAGGUCUGACCCACUGCAGUGCUGUACCUCAGAUGUAUGCUGCAGGUCAUGGAUAUAAUUGAAAACUGUCUAGUAUUGGGCAACAGAGGGUAAAAAAAAACAGACCAGGAGGGAUUAGUUUUCCUAAUAUAGCUUAUUUAACCAAUAUACCCAAAAUAUCAUCUCUUUCGUAUAUACUCGAUAUGAAAAUUAUUAGUGAGUUUUUAAAAAUAAAUAAAUAAAAUAAUUAUAAUGGUUGUUCUGCUACAUGUGGAACAACCGCAGGUUCCCAGAGCUUUUCUUCCAAAGGUAUUGAGCAGCCGAGCUUCGCAAUUUUGGAUUGUUCAGAUCUCAGGAAGGUGAGCAGGCUGCUGCAUCCGCACCCAGCAAGGGCCAGAGCAGCAUCCCAAGUUGGACUUGCCAACAUCUCUACCAAACACUGGGUCUGGUCUCCCUGAGUACAUUGCAUGAAGGCUGGAAGGGAACUUUGGGGCUUCUUGUUCAAAUAUCCAGACGUCAAAAAUAAAGAAGUAAAGCUUUGGUCCAUAUUGGAGGAGAUAAAGAACUGUUAAAAAAAGAAAAGAAAAAGACCAAAAACAAACAACAACAACAACAACAAAAAAAACCAAGAACAAUAAACCAACCCAAUGGAGAACACUUUGCAUUGCAUUUAGACUAUUUAUUACCAGGAUUCCUGGGCCUGGCCACAGUAACAGAUUAACAGACUUUUACAUGGAAUUGUUUAAUUAUUUGUACUUUUCAUACCAGAAAAUAAAAGUUCAGAAUCUUCAAAAAAAAAAAAAAAAGAAGGAAAGCUUUGGUUGCCAGAUAGUGUAAUACUGAAUCAACAGAUAGAGGGGUGAUGUAUGUGCCAGCAAUUUUGUACGUGUUAUUUCCAGCUCUCACAAGAUCCUGGGAGGUAGACUCAGCCUCUAAGUGUGAGACCAAGAAAUUAUUGCCAAAUCAAUGCAGCAAAUCUAAGCAAAGCUUCUACCAAAGACCACUUUCUAUACAAAUAAAGAUUCCCACAGGCAAGAGGGUAGAGUUACUCCGAAGAAGGGCCAAGAAAGGGCUUUCAGUGAAGAAAUCCUUGAAAUGCAAGGACUGUGGGAAAAUCUUCCUUCAGAGAUCGUCCCUCAGGCUUCAUCAGAGUGGUCAUACCAGAGAGAGGCCUUACGAAUGCAGUCAUUGUGGAAAAGUCUUUAGACAGAUUGCAUCCCUCAUUCUCCACCAGAGAAUUCACAAUGAAAUGAAAAACUAUGAAUGUGAUCAGUGUGGGAAAAGUUUCAGUAGAAACAUAACCCUUAUUCUGCACAGGAGAACUCAUAGUAAAAAGGAAAUUUCUGAAAAUGGGAUGGCCUCAGAUCUGAGCAUGUCUCCUAGUGCCCACCCCAGCAGUCAUGUGGUCAAGAAUGCCCUCCAUUGCAGAAAAUGUGGAAAAGCCUUUAGUCAUGUGGCAGCCCUUUUACUUCAUAAGAGAGUUCACAGUAGAAAGAAAAUACAUAAGUGCAGGACAUGUGGGAGGGGCUUCAAGAACAAAUCAGUCCUUGUUACACACAAAAGAAUUCAUACUGGAGAGAAAGCCCACAAAAAGAAGGCCUUGGGUCAGAGUAUACAGCGAAGAAGUGGACUUUUAGAAAAUCCUUUUAGAUGUAGAAAGUGUGGUAAGUCCUUUCAUAGGAUUUCACCCCUUCUGCUUCAUCAGAAAAUCCACAUGUCAAGGAAACCCUAUAAAUGCAGUAUUUGCAAAAAGGAUUUUCAGCGGCUUUCAACCCUCUUUCUACAUGAAAAAAUUCAUAAGGGAGAGAUCCUCUAUCGAUGUAAUAAAUGUCCAAAGGUCUUCAAGCGAAAUUCAACCCUUAUUCAACACCUGAAACUUCACAGAAGGAAGAAGAAACUCUAUGAGUGUAAAGAGUGUGGAAAGAUGUUCUCCAGACCUGCAAACCUUAAAAUACACCAGAACAUACAUUCUGAAGAGAAGCCUUUCAAAUGCAGUAAGUGUAGUAAGGUGUUUGGCCGCCAGUCAUUUCUUAUGGAACAUCAGCGAAUUCAUACUGGUGAAAAACCUUAUCAGUGCGAGGAAUGUGGGAAAGCCUUCAGUCACCGGAUAUCACUUACUCGACAUAAGAGAAUACACAGUGAAGACAGACCCUAUGAGUGUGAUCAGUGUGGUAAGGCCUUCAGCCAGAGUGCCCAUCUUGCCCAGCAUGCGCGAAUCCACACUGGAGAGAAGCCAUACAUAUGCAAGACCUGUGAGAAGGCCUUCAGUCAACGCACGUCCCUUAUUCUGCAUGAGAGAAGUCACACUGGAGAGAAGCCUUAUGGAUGUAACCAGUGUGGGAAGGCGUUUAGCAGUGGCUCCGACCUUAUUCGACAUCAGAGAAGUCAUUCUUCAGAGAAACCGUAUGAAUGUAGUAAAUGUGGGAGGGCGUACAGUAGGAGCUCAUCCCUGAUUCGACAUCAGAGUACACAUCCUGAAGAAAAAGCCUGAGGUGAUUUUUUGGUGUGCGUGUGCAUGUACAUUUCCCAGGCUAGCCUUGAAUUCCUGGGCUUCAGCACUUCCUGCUUCAGCCUCCCAUGUAGCUUUUCUCUGUGGCUGUAAAAGCUGUAAGAACGAGGCUAUCAAAGAAGCAGUGAGAAGCCUGGGAAAUUAUAGAUGUCUUUGACUUAUGAUGGGAUUACUUCCUGUAAACUCUUCAUUAAUUGAAAAUAUCAUAAAUCAGAAAUAUGUUUUAUCUGGGUGUGGUAGUACAUACUGUAACCCCAGCA